AUGCAUGGAUUUAAGUCUCACAACUCCACAGUUGAAUUUGGAAUCAUGUGUUGUAAGAAAAUUUUCAUUCAAAAAUCUGAGAGAGUUAAAUCGAUUGACUUGCAUCCAACCGAACCAUGGGUCUUGUUAGGUUUGUACUCUGGAAAUGUUUCUAUUUGGAACUCUCACUCUCAAGUAACAGAGAAGACUUUUGAAACCGGCAAAUCGCCAGUACGAACUGCAAAAUUUAUUGCGCACAAAGAAUGGAUUGUUGUUGGAUCCGAUGAUGGGUUUCUUCGUGUGUAUAAUUAUAACAAUAUGGAAAGUGUCGUGGAGCUAAAGGCACACACAGACUUCAUUAGGUCUGUGGUUAUGCAUCCAUCUCUUCCAUACAUACUUUCUGCAUCUGAUGACAAGCUCAUAAAGCUAUGGGAUUGGGAGAAUGGUUGGGAAUGCACUAAAACAUUUCAGGGACAUGAACAUUAUGUCAUGCAAAUAGCAUUUAGCCCGAGGGAUGUGAAUGUAUUCACAAGUGCAUCACUUGAUUGUACCAUUAAGAUGUGGAAUCUUGGAUCAUCAAGUUCACAUUUGUCGAUUGUAGGUCAUUCAAAAGGUUUGAAUUCUAUUGAAUUUUUUGAAACUGAUGAAAAGCUUCACUUUGUCACAGGAUCUGAUGAUUAUACUGCCAAGGUUUGGGACUAA